AUGGGUCGUUUGCGCGCUCUACAAGUUCGUUGCGAUUUUCGACAUACUAUGCAAGCUCUUAUUCUUAUAGGAGGUUAUGGAGCUCGGUUACGACCCCUUACUCUAAGCGUCUUAAAACCAUUAGUUGAAUUCUGUAAUCGACCAAUGUUGAUGUACCAAAUAGAGGCCUUAGUAAAAGUUGGAAUAAAAACAAUCAUCCUUGCAAUAAAUGAGGAUGCUGCUUGUCUGGAAAGUGAAAUUCGGCGGAUGUGCAAGAUGGUUGUUAAAAAUCUGGUUAUCAAGAAAUCUGGUGUUAAUGUAAUAUUCUCGUACGAAUCCGAACACCUUGGCACAGCUGGACCACUAGCAAAUGCUGCCCGUUUACUCUGCGAAUCUGAGGAACCUUUUUAUGUUCUCAAUAGUGACAUAAUUUGUCAAUAUCCAUUUAAGAAACUGAUGGAAUUUCAUAAAUCACACGGAAAGGAGGGAACCAUGGCAGUUACAAAAGUUAAAGAACCCAGUAGAUUUGGCGCUGUUGUCUUCAACGAUCAAUCUGGUGCGGUGCAGCGUUUUGUUGAGAAGCCACUGGAUUUUAUUGCAAACAAAGUAAAUGCAGGGCUGUACGUGUUCAAUCCCUCCGUAUUACGACGGAUUCAGCUGAAACCUACCUCUCUAGAACUAGACGUAUUUCCUCCGAUGGUUAAUGAUGGGGAAUUGUAUUGCAUUGAAAUCAGUGGGAUUUGGAUGGAUAUAGGCCGUCCGAAAGACUUCCUGCUUGGAAUGCAAAUGUAUUUGGAGCAUUUACGAAACAAGGGAUGUCUUGAGCAUCGCGAUCUCCCCGACUUUAUUGGAAAUGUCCUCAUUCAUCCUUCUGUGAAAAUCGGUAUUCACUGUGUGAUCGGACCCAACGUCACUCUUGGACCUGAUGUAUGCAUAGGGGACGGCGUUCGAAUUCAGGACUCUGCCGUUCUCAGUGGAGCUAAAGUCCGUUCUCAUUCGCGGCUCGAGGGAACCAUUGUUGGGUGGAAUUCAGACGUCGGCCGUUGGGUAAGUAAAGGCACUGUCACCUUUGCUCUUUUUGUUUGCAAUUAUGAAGUGUUAAGAAAAUUAUAA